GUCGAGUUGUUCGGUCGUGUCUACUUGAGCUCUUAAAAUUAUCGAGGUGCGCGUUACACCAUCACUUUUUUCCCCCCAUUUUCACCAAUCCCGUGACAGCCUUUUCAUCCUCCACAGCCCCCCCUAAUUAAACAAUUAAAAAAAAAACCCCCAAUCCCAUUUGUAACCUGUAAAAACAGUGAGUAGUCCCGUCAUGGUGUGACGCGAAAAAUCCGUCAUCCCGCGAAGUGAGAACUUUGUUAAAUCGAGUGAAAAUACAAGUCGACGAAAAAAAGGGUAAAAAAGGGUGAAGAAGAAAACGAACGGAAGUUGGAUUUCCUGUAUUCAACCCUUGGAUAUUAAACUCUCGGUUGCUAUCGGUGAGGACACGGAUCCUGUACGAAGAGGUGGAGUGUAGGAUGGGCUCGUCAGUGCGAGGAAUCACCCUGCAGUAAAGAGGAUGAUCUUCGAGUGGUGAAGAGAUUACGAGGAUGCCAUCCUCUCAGACAGCCGCAACAGAGCGGCGAAACGAUCGAAUGAUGGCCCACGAACCACCAAAGCUGAAGACAACGUUAAAAACACCCCCGAAACAAGCGACAAAUCCUCUCCAAUUUGUUAAAGUCGGCCCCUGCUCACUUUACCGAACAGCCCAAGAGCAAUUGCAAAAGGUUCAGGAGGUAAAAAAAGUGAAACAAGAGGUGCGCGAUGACCCGGAAGACUGGCAAUCGAACUUGGACAAUUGGAAGAGCAGCAGGAGGAAGCGUCAGGAGCACAUAAUCGAGCGAGUGGUUGAGGUCAAGAAGCUCGAGCUCGAGGAACACGACAGACAGAGAAGACGAAGUAAAACCUUCUCCGAGAUGAUGGAGGAGCGUGGCAACAGAGGGCGAAAACUCAGCAUGAGCUUGGCAAUGUACCACGAGGAGGAUUCAAAUGACUUGAGUGAUCUUGGUAUUGGUACAAGCAGCGGAAAGAGCUCUGUCAGCGGUGAUACCCACGACGACACACAGAGUGUUCUUAGCGAUCGAGACAGUGAGAUCGAUAAGAAUCACUCCGAUCUGGAUAAUGUUACCAAUGAAAAUGGUAAUGGCAUUGUUGACAAUAACAACGUAAGACCCAUUACAAACACAUCCAGUGUCAUUGAUCCACCCAGCAAGAAAGCAUUUGGCAAUGGAUUUAUCACUGAUCACGAUCAAAGGGAAUACGAUUCAGGUACAACGGCCACUGUGAGUUCACCCGAGCCUGAGGAAUACACAUAUGAAGGUGCUAUCCGAGGAUACGUAUCGAGAGUCGCUCAAAAUAUACCACGAAGAUCUUUAAUCGAUAUUGAAACCAAAUUGGAUAGCGUUAAAACAAAUCACUACGAGGAUAAGGGCUCCACGGACGAUAUACACUAUCCAGUGGUCAAGGUUGAUAUCCUGAAGCGAAGAGAAAUCUUUGAAAAGGCCUCGCAGAUCAAUAAUGACAAUAAAAAUAACAACAGAUCAUCUGGCGAUUUCUCCAGCAGCAAGUCGAUCAAAGAGAGGCUAUCGAGUCUCGAUAAACAGAAGCACGAGUCAGAGCAGGGAGAUAAGAGUAUCAAGUCAUUGAACAGGCUCUCGGGUGACAUGAGCUCAAUUCGCGAGCGUCUCUCUCACCUGGAGAAACAGGCGACUGACCGUGAGAGUAAAAUAUCGCGAAAGCCAAGUGUCGAUGAGUUGGAGCCAGUGAGGCCCUUGAGAGAGAGACUAUCGACACUUGAGAAAUAUGCGAGCAGCGAUGAGUCAUCCUCACCAAGAGGACCAAUUGUCAGGCAAAAUGGGAGGUGCAAGGAGGCUGAUAAGAAACCGGUGGACAAGCAGAUUCUCCGGUUUCAUAAUGAUAAUUUAACACCCAGUGAACGGAGCUCUUCUCCGGAUUCAGAGUACAGGGCACCUAGAACUGCAUUUCACAGAAGUCUUGAUUCACUCGAUGCUGAUGCCUCCAGUGGACCCGAUACUUUUGAGAGGGUUCAGAGUCUUGAGGAGCUUGACUAUACCCAGAGGUAUCCACCAUCUGCCUCUUCUGCGGAGCUUCUCAAUGAUACGGAUCGUGAGGACUCUGGCAUUCACACUGCCGAUGUCUCUUGCUCGGUCAGUCAGGCUGAUGAACCUGUCGAUGAGGAAAUCGUGCAGUCUCAGGUUACGAUUAUUGAGGCCCGGAAGGAUAUCAUAAUUGCGGAUAAAACCAAUCGAGGUGACGCCCUCUUGGAGGCUUGUGUUAUUGAGAGGGAGACAGUGUCAAAGGAGAAAAGUGGAGAUGAUCAGGGCAGUCAACAUUCGGCGGUGAUAACCGAGGGUACCGCUGGAGCUGGAACACUGCCGAUUAACAAAUUGCGAAUUUUUCCGGACACCUCCGUCCCAACGACAAGCAGUACAAGUAGUAAAUUAUCAUCUGGUCGAACAAUUGUUUAUCAGAGCCCCCGAAUUCCCCCGCGUAGAUGUCCACCCGAGAUUAAAAUCGAUCUCUCGAGCACAAAUGUAUCCGAGCAAAUGCCCUCGUCAGCUGAAACUGAGACAGAUUCAAAAGCCUCAACUAGUCCCACAAAAAUAUCGGAUACGAAAGAUUCAACUUCUCCAGAAUCGAUUGUUAUCGGUGGUAGCAGCGUAGACGAGGAAAUAGUAGUGGUGCAAACCGAGUCAACGCCAGUCGAGCACGAAGAGGAGGUAGCGUGUACCAGUGAAUCCACAGUUGAGGUAGAGACUUCUGACUCUCCUGUCACACCAAGAGCAAACCACCAACAGGUGACAGAGAUUCAGAUUGAGUCUGAUACAGAGCUGGUUGUAACGUCGAUAGUUUCAUUGUCGUGUGACAGUCAAACCGACUUGACAUUCGAGGAGAGUCCUGUUGCUAACACCAUGGAAUUCAUCGGGCCACUGUCACCUUCCAGCAAACAGAUUCCACAGCUGAAUCUGUCGAAUGACGAGGAAAUUGUUGCUGGACUUACUUUCCCCCUUGGGCCACCGAGCAGCGGUGAACCACCGAAGGAGAAACCACCUCCACCUCCGACGGACUUCAGCGAUGAGGAAAAUCAGCCGAUUGAACCGCUCAAGAGGUUGAAUUCCACCAGGAGAAUUAAAAAGGAAUUGAGAACGAGGCGCUCUGAUUUUUUGGGAAUUGAAGGUAUCAAUGAUGAUGAUCUUGAGUUGAGUCUGGCUCGACCACCGGAUAUGGCAGCUAUUCUUGCUGAGGAAAGGCGCAUAGAACAACUGCAACGUCGGUCAUACGACACAGACAGCAACUACGAGCAAGACUCGAGUCAUGAGAGGGACUCGGGAGUUGAACUCGGUCACGCUGAUGACUGGGUAAAACAACCAGUGAGUCCUGACAUGUCUCAGCACAGCCGUCAGAGUAGCGAGCCCUUCGGUGCCAGUGUCACAUCGUCCGAGGAGGACGAGAUCACCAAGAAAGAGCGAGAGAUUAUCGAAGUCCUCGAGAAGGAGGAACAGUGGCGUUACGGCAGUGACCGCGAACAAAACAGCGACCUCGGUGAGAAGCUCGCUGACAAGCUUCGUGAGCUGGAGGAGGAGAAGAUGCAGUUGGAACGUGAGCGCCAAGAGGAAACAUUGCGUAAGAAUGAUGAGAAUGCACGCAAACAGGAGGAAGAGACAAUUCGAAAACAGCAGCAGCAACAGGAAGCCGACGAGAAGUGCCUGAGAGAGGAGGAGUUGAGAAUAAAAGCCGAGCAGUUGCAGCAGUCUCGACUGCACGACGAGAAGCUAGAGAACGAUAGAAGAACAGCGGAAAUGCGUAGACAGGAAGAAAUUCACCUGAGAUCCAUAGAGGAUCAAAUUCGCGACCAGGAAAAAAGCGCGCUGACAGCAGUGAAGUACAGCCAUGACGAUGAUUAUCCAUCCGGUGAGGUUCUCCGAGUGGAGAGGGAAUUGCUGCAGCUCGAGCAGGAGGAAUUGAAGCGCCAGAGAAGCAACAUGGCAUAUCGCGAGCAGAAGCAACAGCAACAGCAAUUGGCUGAUCAACUCCAAGAGCAGUGGCAAUCCCUCCAGAACGUCAAUCAUCCCACACCGCCAAAUCCCCACCCAACCUAUCAAAACAUUAGUGUCCUCAAUUAUCGCUCGUCAAUGCCCAAUCUCCAGCUCCAGGAGGGACUCAGGAGGCGGCCACCACCGCCACCCAUACCACCAGCGAAACCCCUUCGACUCUUGGACCAGCGACAGCGCGAUGCAACCAUAAGAAACAGUCGGAUUCCAUCGGCCGACUCCAUUCCUCAGCAGGUUGAUGCAUCGCUGAGACACAGUGUCUCUACAACAGCACUGGCACCACAGUUAGGCCAGCAGAUGACUAAGCAGACACUCCAGGCACUCAGUGCUGUACCGAGGACUAGAAUUGUUAAGAAUGAUCAGUGGGUACAGAGGAGGAAGAGUGAUGGACCCAGGGUUACUCAGGAUUUUAAUUAUCAGCACUGGCUUAUUCAGGAGGCGGAGCAGAGGAGGAUAAAUGAGAAGAAUCAACGGACUCCAGCGAGAAAACCACAUAUGACUGGCACAUCGGUUUUGUAUACUGCCACUUCUGCCAAGCCUGAUGGUAAACCUUUACCUGAUUCUAUUAUUCAGACACUCACGCAGAGAAUACAGAAUAGAGCGCACGAUCGGCCACCACCCAUUCGACGCAGACUGGAGCACAGUGUGAGCCAAGAACAGCUGUCGAUACCCCAUCAUCAGCCACAUCAACACCAUGCAAUGAUGCAUCAAAAGGUGCAUCAGUCUCCGGGUGCCUCGAGUGUUGAGUCACAGGAGAAAAUGCUGAGUGUCAGUGGAAAGAAGAAAUGCUCUCACUGUGGUGAUGAACUGGGGCGAGGAGCAGCCAUGAUUAUAGAGAGCCUUCGGCUAUUCUACCAUAUGGAGUGUUUCAAGUGUUGUGUCUGUCAUGUACGUCUUGGUGACGGACUCAUGGGAACUGACGUUCGUGUCCGGAAUCACAAGCUUCACUGCCAUAAUUGCUACUCUAGCGAUGACGGUGUCAAGUUCAGCUGCGUCUAAAUUACCCCAGUUUUAUGGAUCCAUGCUGAUUAAAGAAUACGCAUUAUGCGGAUCAACUGCGUUUUUUUUUAUUUCAGCGAACUGUUGGCACUGUCUCAUCGCCAUUCGAUUUUAUCAUGUAAAUAUAUCUAUCAGAAUAGCCGCAAGCCAUCCACCAGGCGCGAAAAAUUAUGUUACUCUAGAAGUUGACUAACAAUUGUACAUAAAAUGUAUUUAUGUAAUUAGAGGAAUUGAUUCAUUCCUGAAUGAAUUUCCACAAUCUUUGAAAUGAGAUCUUGUUGGUCAAAUCCCUGUAUAUUUUGUAUUAUAAAUUGUGAUAUUUAUGCAGUCCAGUGAUUGGACGGGAUUGUUUCUUAUGCUAAAUAAUUAUCUCGAAUGUUUUUAAUCCCGAGAAGAAACUGUUAAAUUUAUCAAACUUUAAGGAUGUAUGAUUAGAAAUAAUAUAGACUUUAACGCUGUAAAGAAGUAUUGUUUUAAAUGUAUAACACCAUAUCCGUUCUGCGAAACGGUAAUACGGCCCAAUAAAUCUACGAUUUAAAUUUCAAAUGUAUGGAUCUUCGCUGGCUUCAGUGCCUCGAAGAAAUAAUCACUUACUGUGAAAUAUUGUAUGAUACGUUUCACCUUAUCGAGGUGAAUUACAAGCAUAAAGUGAGGAGUGUAAUUUUCUAUUAUCUGAGAAAUAUACGUUUAAU